CCAAAUCAACAACAACAAUCGAGUGAAAAUAUAACCUCAUCUAAUUUGGAAUGUUCACAAUAUUUUCUUUUAAAUAGAAUUGAUUAAACUGAAGUGGUAUAAACACAUAAUGAAAGACAAUAGAAAAUGCAGUCAGGGAUGGUGGAAAAUGCUUUAGCAGAAGUUUGCUGUGCGUGUUUAACUACAAACGUUCACCUAACUAGUACCAUUGAUCUCGACACUAAUAAUAUAGACUUCCUAACAAAGUUGAAGUUCGCAAUUCCAGAAGUGAAAUGGACGAAAGGAUAUAUAUGUGACUUCUGCUUGAAUUCACUGAAUCAGACAUAUAUCUUCAAAGAAUUAUGUAUUAAAACAAAUCAGUCGCUUUUGCAAAAGAAAUAUCAAGUGUUAAUUAAGAGUGAAGAAUCAAAUUCAAAUGACCAUCCUGUAGAUCUAGGUGAACAGAGUCACGAUGACGAUGAAGACGACAAUGAUGGUUGUGAUAAUUAUGACAAUGAUUCCAACAUUAAUAGUCCAUCCUGUAUAGAUGAAGAAUCUCAAGAAAAUGAUGACAAAAAGAUUAGCCAAGUCCCGCUCACAUAUCCUUCCGAAUAUUCUUGUGAAUUUUGCAAUAGGACAUACAAGGAACGCAGCUCACUUUUUUCCCAUAAGAAAAAGAUUCACAAACCUGACAGACCAUUUAAUUGUGUAUUCUGUAGUAAGUUAUUCAAACACUUGGGAGAGCUCAAAAGGCACGAAAAAAUACACUUGAAUGAAAGAAGUUACAUGUGUGAAAUAUGCAAUAAGUCAUAUAAUACAGGCCCUGUCCUAGCAACUCACAAAAUAAUCGUUCAUACUGAUCCAGAUGAAUGGCGAUACAUCUGUCAGCACUGUGACAAAAAGUUCCCGAUCAAAUCGAGUCUGGACCAGCAUGUAAUGAGACAUCACACCAACGCCAGCGACACUUACAUCUGCUACCACUGCAACGAAAGUUUCGAUAGUAGGGUCCUAAUUAUAGCACAUAUAAAGUCAAAACAUUCCAAAACUAGCCAGCAAAGGUCGAAAGAAUGCCACGUUUGCAACAAAAUGUAUAUAAAUCAAGUGGUACUUGAGAACCAUCUGAGAAAAGAACACAAUAUUGGAAGCACAGUAUUAACAAAAAGGCCUAAACAAUUCCCCUGCGAGAAAUGCGGGAAAAAAUACACAACUGUAUAUGUUUUAAACAUACAUUCUCAAGUAUGUGACGGGAUAAAAAGGCACAGCAAGAAAAAAGAGCAGAAAGAAGGUGCCACGAAGUCUGACGAUGAUGACUCUCGUGAUGAUGAAGAUAAUAUCGAAGACUCGAAGCAAUCGAACGAAGAGAACAAAGCAGAAAAUAAGAAAGUUAAAAACAACACAGCCUCCGCCACUGAAGAAAAAGUAUUAACGCAACAACAACCCAAAAAACAACGUCAACUUUAUCUCACGUGCGAAUUCUGCAAUCAAGUUAUAGGUACUUAUAAAAAAUUGGUGGCCCAUGCAGUAGAAAAACAUGACGCGGACCCAAAAACCAUAAAGCCUUACAUAUGUAACGAGUGCGACGCCAGGUUCACGUCGUCGAUGAAUCUGGCCAAGCACAAGACCUAUCAUACUGGAAACCGUGGUCAUAUAUGUAGUUUCUGCGGCAAAGGUUUUAAAACUAAAAAGGACAUGCUAACCCACGAAAAACUCCAUUCAAAUAAGCGCGAAGUCCAGUGCGAAAUCUGCUCAAAACGAUUCCACACUAAGUCUUACUUACGUUCCCAUAAACUUGUUGUGCACACCGACCCCAUACACUGGAAAUAUGUCUGCCCACACUGUCCCAUGCGACGUUUCCCAAUGAAAUCGAAUUACGAUGCGCACAUCCGAAGACAUACCGGGGAAAAACCUUUCGCAUGUCAUCUUUGCGAGAAACGAUUCUCGGACAAGAUUGUACUUCAAAAGCACUUCCAAGCACAUUCAAAUAUUCGUGCACACAAAUGCGAUAGCUGCGGGAAAGCGUACAAGAAUCGAGACGCAUUGAAUAUUCACCUGAAGAAGGUUCACGACAUUGGGAACGCGAAAAUUCCUACGGUUGUUAAAAAAUUCGUUUGCGACUUUUGUUUGAAAACGUUUGCGUCGAGGGACAAGUUGAGAAGACACAUGUGCUCGCAUACCGGAGAAAGACCGUUUUCGUGUGAAAUUUGCGAAAAAAAAUUCACAGACAAAUCUUAUGUUAAGCAACAUUUGAAGUCUGUUCAUAAUAUUUACCAAAAUAAUCAAGAAUAUGUGUAAAAAAACGCUAUUUUGAUUUGAAAAGGAAUGAAUCAUUCGUUCUCUUAGUUAUGUUUAAAUAUUUGUAAUUCUACAAACUGAUUGCUACGUCAGUCAAUUAAUUAUUGUACUGAAUACAUUUAUAAGUAAUUUUAAGACUUAAAACGUCGUCAAUAGAAGAAAUUACAAAUUAAAAUAAACACGAUUAUUUUAAACUGAAAUUUAUCUGGUAAUUUUACGUAGUUCAUAAAAGUAUUGUACUCUAGUAUUAAUAGGUAAAUAUAUUUUUCCUAUUUCACGAAAAUAAAGAAU